AUGACUUCAGUAUUAGCUGCACAUCCCGCCGAGUUCAACAGUUCGAUGUCUCUCUCUGGCGGUUCUGCGACCAUGCCAUCCGGUCACGAUCCACGGACGAGCCCGCAGCACUUUAUUAAACAGGAACACGAUUUGGGGAGGGGCAGGCCGCGGGAGGGCUCCGAAGACAAGGAUGCCGACCUGAUGGACGAUGAUGGAGCCGACGGCGACGAUGGCAAAGCCGGCUCGUCCAACUCGGACGGCCCCGCACGGAAGAGGCGAAGGAGUCGCAAAGGCCUAGACAAAAAGUUCGAGUGCCCACAAGAAGGUUGUGGAAAGAGUUACUCGAGGGCCGAGCAUUUGUACCGGCACCAGUUGAACCAUACGCCCAAGCAGAUUUAUGCCUGCGACUUUCCUGACUGCAGUCGCACCUUUGUACGACUAGAUCUGUGUAACCGCCACAGGGACCGUCAUACAGCCAAGGGCUCAGCCUUGAAUCGCAAGGACUCGAUGAUGAGCCACAUAUCUCCCACUACCGACCGCCCUCCUUAUCCGCCGCCUGGAUCUGCUUCUCCUGAACUAAGUCGGCCAGGAACUGCCUUUGCCAACAUGCGGCAGGCUCAGAUGCAAUACCAGUCGCCCAAGGAUGCUGCUGCCAGCCCGUUUGUCCAGGCAGCAAAUACACCUCCCACAGGAUAUCCUAUUAGCGCACCACCGGGAAUGGACGGCUACAUGCAUCACGAGAAUGGCUAUGGAAACGUCCAGGCGCAGCGGCCUCCUCAUCAGUCACCAAAUACCGCACCACGGCCGACUGUACAGACGAACGGGCCGUACAUGUCUCCAGUUUCCAACCAACAGGCAUAUCAUGGACAGCAGCACAACACCCCACAGUCUGCGACCUACACAACCCAGCAAAACUUUCCGCCUUUCAACCUACCGCCUUCCGACUUCUCCAACGGACCCGACAACGUUCCCCGCGGAAGCGGCCAAGCAUACGCACCUACCACUUCGGCCGAAUACACGGAACAGGGUCACCCCCAGCAAUCAGGCGAGAUGAUGUUGCUCGAUCAGAUGUCUAUGCCCGGGACGAUUCCCGUCUUCGGCACCGACAGCAUUCUAAGCAAGUCACCAUACGUUACGAUUCCGGAAGACUUCGUCGCCUAUCUUUUCAAUACCCAGCAAGGCGGCGAGGGGUCGCCUAUGGGGCAGAUGGUGCCGCCUGCAUACACGAACAAUUACGGCGAGUAUCAAAACUCGUACAGCGUUCCGUAUGUGGGCACUGAGGGCGUACCCAUGGGCUACUUCCCCUCUGGCUCUCACCAGGUCAUGGCAGUGAAUAACCUGCUUGAUCAGAACCUUCCGGAGGCGACGAUCUCGGAAGAAAAAAGUCAGGAGAUUUACGAGUUCAUCAACCAGAGGUUCCAUGAGAACGACCAGGCUCCCGCGCUGCGGCAACGCGAGAGCAUUCUGGAAGGUGACCGUACUGACGGAGACCACAUGCUUAGCAAGCGGAUGAUGCAGGCCUACAUCGGGUCGUACUGGGUGCAUUUCAGCGAUCAGAUCCCCAUCCUCCACAAGCCGACCUUCUCUCCUGACCGAACACCGAAUCUGCUGCUUCUCGCCAUGAUGACGAUCGGCGCCGCCUGUCUUGACAAGACGCACGGACAGAAGGUCACCAAGGCCGGUGCGCAACUGUCCAACUUCCUGGCCUGGCAUCUGCGUUGGGAGAUCUUUAUGGAUCCCAAUUUCCGGCCGCCGGCCAAAUUAUGGGUGUUCCAGACGCUCCUGCUACUUGAGUUGUACGAGAAAAUGUACUCGACGAGAGAAUUGCACGAGCGAGCCCAUAUUCAUCACGCCACGACGAUUACUCUCAUGCGCCGAGGGCGGUCUCUCAUCGGCAAGUCGGCUCUUGAUUCGCCGCCUAACCCUCGCGAUGACAAGAACAGCUCGCGUCAUUCUUCGACAUCAGGCGUUGCUCAUACCGCGGAUGAAUGGUGGAAUCACUGGAUCACCAAUGAAUCGACCCGACGGGCGGCGUUUGCGGCUUUUGUAAUUGAUUCGAUCCACGCGACCAUGUUUGGCCACUCUACCGUGAUGGUGACGCACGAGAUGAGGCUUCCGUUGCCUUGCGAUGAGGCCCUGUGGAAAGCCAACAGUGGUGCGGAGGUCGGCCGGAUCGAAUCCAACAUCAUGUCCAACGGCAUCAAGCCAAUUUCCUUCUUGGAGGGGCUUAAGCGGACACUCAGCGGUCAGGGGGUUCAGACCAACCCCUUUGGUCGUAUGGUCUUGAUGGCUGGGCUCCUGAGCGUGAGUUGGCAUAUGAACCAGAGGGAUCUCCAAGUCAAUGUGCUCGGCGGCGGCGUCUCGCAGGCGCUGGGCGGCAGGGACAAGUGGAGAGGGACACUGACGAGAGCCUUCGACGCCUGGAAGGAGGAUUUUGACAAAUCACUAACGAGAAGCGAAGGAUCUUCGGAUCCGUACCGCUAUGACUCCGCGAAGAAGAACGAGGCCAACAUCGUCUUUGAAAGCCGUACGGUUCUGCACCACCUUGCCCACAUGGCCAUGCAUGUCGAUAUCGUCGACUGUCAAAUUUUUGCCCGAGCAAAGAGGCUGUUGGGAAGAGCAAUCGGACAACAGGAUCUCAACAGCGCUCAAAGGCGGAUGAGAGAUCUGUGGGCACCAUCGGCAAAGGCGCGGGAUGCGACUUACUACGCCCUCAAAUUCCUUUGCUCUGUUUUGUUGCCUGGCGGGGGUGUUUCGCCCCAGUCGAACGGCUACAAAUACAACGAGCCGUACACGGCGCGGGAUGAUGUGCUUCUCAACAGACCCUGGGUGUUGUACUUUGCGGUACUUGUGGUAUGGUGCUAUGGGUUCGCCCUCGAGGGGCCGUGCCCUGGAGUCCCGAUCCCGACUACGAAACAGGAACAGGUACGGCAAAUGCGGGAAUAUUUGGCCAAGUACGGCGGCGUGUCUUCUCCAGAGGAGCUCAAGGCUCUGAAGGGUAUCAACACCAACAGCGCACUGUUGCUUGUGCUCAAAGAUUCCUUCGGCACUACACGUUGGGAGCUGCUUCACGAAGGAGCCAACCUACUUAACAAUUGCCUCCAGCUGAAUUCAGGAGCUACAACGACAUAA